CGGAAGUGGAGAGUCUACCCAGAGCGCCGCUGGGUCUGGGUACCCGGAGGCAGGAGUGCUCACUGAGCUUGCCAAGUCAGUCCCGACCGCCAUGUCGGCCUUCGACACUAACCCCUUCGCGGACCCAGUGGAUGUAAACCCCUUCCAGGAUCCCUCUGUGACCCAACUGACCAAUGCUCCGCAGAGUGGCCUGGCUGAAUUCAACCCCUUCUCAGAGACAAAUGCAGCGACAACGGUUCCAGUUCCCGUCACACAACUCCCUGGACCUUCACAGCCGGCAGUUCUCCAGCCCUCCGUGGAACCAACCCAGCCAACCCCCCAGCUCCUGCUUAGACAGGCCAGCAAGUUCCUGCCUACUCGAUUCCUGGCAGUGAGUGAGCUCUCAGAGAGGCAGAUGCUACUAGGAGGAGAUAGUAUUCUCAGAGACAGCUACAUGCGAAAGCUUCCGCAGGCUGUGGCAUCUGCAGCCCAGGCAGGCCUGCUCCGGCAACAGGAAGAACUGGACAGGAAAGCUGCCGAGCUUGACCGCAAGGAACGAGAGCUGCAGAACUCCGCGGCCAACUUGCAUGUGAGAGAGAACAACUGGCCACCCCUUCCCUCAUGGUGCCCUGUCAAGCCCUGCUUCUACCAGGAUUUCUCCACAGAGAUCCCUGCCGACCACCAGCGGAUAUGCAAGAUGCUGUACUAUCUCUGGAUGUUGCAUUCAGUGACGCUGUUUCUGAACCUGCUUGCCUGCAUGGCCUGGUUCUCAGGCAGCCCCUCCAAUGGAGUGGACUUUGGCCUUUCAAUCCUGUGGUUUGUGAUCUUCACCCCCUGUGCCUUCCUUUGUUGGUACCGACCCAUCUAUAAGGCCUUUCGAUCUGACAACUCUUUCAGCUUCUUCGUGUUCUUCUUUGUAUUUUUUUGUCAAAUAGGGAUCUACGUCAUCCAGUUGGUUGGCAUCCCUGGCCUGGGGGACAGUGGUUGGAUUGCAGCCCUGUCUACCCUGAAGCAAGAGUCCUUAGCCGUAUCAAUCAUCAUGAUGGUGGUGGCUGGCUUCUUCACCCUCUGUGCUGUGCUCUCCCUCUUCCUCCUAAAGCGGGUGCACUCCCUGUAUCGCCGGACUGGGGCCAGCUUCCAGCAGGCCCAGGAGGAGUUUUCCCAGGGCAUCUUCAGCAACAGAACUUUCCGCAGCGCUGCCUCUUCUGCGGCCCGCGGAGCCUUCCAGGGGAAUUAGUCCUCUUCACUCUCUUCCCUCUGCCCUAGCCUUUUCUUUCACCUGCCUUCUGACUGCACUACCCAUGGGUGCCUUAUAUGGUGGUUUUGCCCAGCAUGGACCUGGCAAAGGUCUCACAGUGGCUCUUCCUCCUUCCUCAGCAACAAGCUCUCCUUGGAAGAGGAGGGAGUGACAGGGACUUUUUUUACACACACACAAAAAAAUCAAAGCUGUCUUUCCUUCUCUAGUGGUGGUUUGGUAGGAUUCUUUUGUCUCUCAGGAGGCAGUUCUCUCCCCUUAUACACACACAGACAUCUCCACACACUUGGGAUCACUGGCUAAACUGGGCUCACCCCAGCUGGAGUUUUCUGCCAGGGUAUUGUGACUCCACUCCUCCCCCAGCAGGCUAGACCUGAAUCAGGCUCCACAGACACAGUCUGUGGCUUCCACAGCCCUGCCCUUACUGCCCAGGCUGGGACCAGCCUCCCACAAACUCCGCUUCUAGCGAGUUGCAGUCUAGGUAGGUAGACAGCUCUGUUCCAGAUCAGAGAGCCCUAGGCUCUCCCCUGCCUCAUGUUCCUCAUUAACAGAUUCACAGCCAUUUAGGCACCUAUGCCCUCUGGGGCCCUCUCUGAGCUCUACUUUCUUCAGACUUUCUGAAUGUGCAAUGCAGUUGGUCAGGAUUUGGGGAUAGGAACGGGAGGACACUGACCCCAAGUUAUCCUGCUCAGCCUUUGGCCGUCGUCCAGGAGGGUGGGGUCUGACUGUCCUGCUAUGGUCUGACUUACCCUCCUGGGGGUCCACUGCCCUGUGCCUUAGCCUCGGUUCUCCCCUUCCCCAGCAAUAUCCAGCUUGUAUGACUUAGGGCCAUGGAAAUCAGUCCAGAGCUACAUCCUUUAGGCAUGACUGAUGAACCAUCUUUCUGAGUGUUCUCCCAUGCCCUAAGUCUAGGUCACCUUUUACCCACACUGGGUGUGCCCCUCUGACAUGCACCUAGGAGUCCACGGUCAAAACCUGCACCUUGUCCUUAAGAGGCUACAGGAGUGGACGUGUGGACUGAGGGAACUUCGCACAAAGCUGGCCAGCUGCCUGCCUUUGAGAUCUGGGCCCCACCCUGAGGCAGCCCUCCGGCUCUCCCCCAGCUCAGGCAGGCCCAGAGCCGCUGAUUGAUAACAGCAGCCACUAGGAUUUUGUAAACUCCUCUGGUAUUUUUUCCCUCCAUGUACAAAUGUAUAUGUUAUGUCUCAAUUUUUUGUGCUUAAAUAAAGACAUUUUCAGACAA